CCGUGGGGAGUGGAAAAUAUGGAAACUGAUCAAAAGAUAAAAUUCUUUUUGGUACCAGUUAAACUUCAGAAAGCGAUUGUCCAUCUGGGUGAAGUACCCUGUUGGCCCGCCAGGGGGAGCCCUGUGUGCUGUGAGGGAAUAUUUGGUUGGAAGUUUGCAGAUUUCUAAUGAAUCCAGCAUUCCCAGUUCAUGGAGUCUGACUGGAACCACAAUCAAUAUGGAAGAGAAGGAAAACAAGGAUCAAAUGUAUUUUACGCUGACAGUCCCCACCGGAAGUGGCGUAGCGCUUCAGUCAGACGUGAUUUCCGUCCUGUCCUGGUGUGAUGGACACUCAGAAGGAAGCUCUGCGACGCAUCAUGAACACAUUAGUCAAUAAGAAUGAAGAGCUUCAACAUUUUCUGGACUCAAUUGACAGCACUCGGACAGGGCUGCAGGAGGAGUCUUGCAAGGUGAUGUCAGAGCUGGAGGUGGAGCUAGAGAAGCUAAGCUCCACCUUGGAGGAAAGAGGAGUUCAGCUCCGUGACAUCAUCAAAGAGGAAACGCAGAGGAAGGAGGCGGAGCUUCAGCUGCAACUUUCAGAGGGGAAGUUUGCUCUACUCUCCUGCGAAGAGCUGCUGGAAUUCGCAAAUCAGACGCUGACUCUCACCAACGAAGAAGAGUUUCUGACGGCAGCCAAACAGAUCAAAGAACGGGUAACAAUGGCUCCAGCGUUCCGGUUGACAACUCGACCGAUGGUGUCAGGAAACAUGUCGCAGUUUACUGUUGACUUCAGUGCCGAGAAGGCGGGGCUUCUGCGCCUUAACUUCCUGCCAGUUCCCAGAGCUCCAGAGAUCGAUGUUCCUGGCUGCAUUGUCUGUGACAACGGCAUCACUGUUGCUUGGCAACAGAUCAACGACGCAGAUGAAAAUGGACCAAUCGAGCGCUAUGAGUUGGAAUAUCGCAAAACAAACCACAACAGCUCUCUGAGAGCUUCUGGAGACGCAUGCUGGGAAAAGAUUUGCAACAUUACGGACACACAGGUGACCAUCUCAGGACUGAAAUUUGAUUCGCUGUUUAUUGUCGUCCGAGUCCGAGCAAGAAACAAAGCUGCUGCUGGCGAUUUCUCUGAACCUGUAGCUAUGGAAACCAGAGCGUUUAACUUUGGGUUUGACGCAGCUACAGCUCACGCUGAGCUUAAGAUUCAGGGUGACAUGGUCACAUGGGAACCCCAGGGGGUGAAAGGUCACGACGCACGGCUCAGGUGCAAAGAGAAUAAAAACAGCAGGAGUGCCACUCCGUCACCCAAUAAGACAGCAGGAAAUCGAGCUGGACGCGAACGAUUUGCCGGGGAGUCGUACACAGUUCUGGGCGAUCAGGAGAUUAAUGGAGGCUGUCAUUACUGGGAGAUCCGCCUCCUAGCUGACUGGAAGUCACACAGUGUGGGUGUGGCCUACCGUGGCAGUUUAGGACGAUUUGACCAGUUAGGGAAGAGCACCAGUUCAUGGUGUCUCUACGCCAGCCAAUGGCUGCAGAGCUCUCUUGCGGCCAAACACAACAACCGAGCGAAGGCGUUGGAUUGGCCGCUGCCACAGCGAAUCGGAAUCUACUGCGACUACGACAACGGAGAACUAAUGUUUGUCGACGUUGAUCAGUUUCGUCUCCUGCAUGUCUUCAAGACCAAGUUCAGCCAGCCACUCGUCCCUGCCUUCACUGUGUGGUGCGGGGGGAUCUCCGUGGCAACAGGCCUGCAGGUGCCAAGCUUCAUGGGAAACUUUGUGUCGACCAAUCGCAGCCUGUCAGCAGAUUAAUGAGCAGCUUCACUCUGAUGAAUAUUAAAUAUUUAUUGAUUUUCUAGUAAUUAUAGAACAUCUUUAUAGAAACGUCUUCUAGAUCAAUUUAAACUCUGGGCAGAUGUUAUGGAUUAGCUGAGUCUGGUGCUUUUAUUGUGAAGGACUUUGUUUAGGUUGCAGGAGGGUGUGUUCCCUGACCUUUCAUAAUAAAAGCAUUAAAGAUGUUUUCUUUUCCCUGCUUAUUUAUUUAACACUGAUGGUGUUAUUGAUUUCUAGUUCAAAUAUAAUUUUAGAUUUAUAAAUGGGACCAAGAUUUUAGUCCUGCUGAUAUAAUUAUAAACGGUGUAUUAUAAAGAUGUAAAUGUGUUUAUUGUCUUGUUUGAAAGUACUGAUGAAGUCACUUCCUGCUGUGAAUAAACUUCCUGUUAAAGCUGAA